AUGAAGAGUCAGCAGUCCCAAGGCAGCAGCACCUUGAAGGCCCAUGGCAGUGGUACCUGGUCACAGCCCCAAGGUGGCUUCACGCAGUCCCAAGGCAGCAGCACCUCGACGGCCCAUGGCAGUGGUACCUGGUCACAGUCCCAAGGUGGCUUCACGCAGUCCCAAGGCAGCAGCACCUCGAAGGCCCAUGGCAGUGGUACCUGGUCACAGCCCCAAGGUGGCUUCACGCAGUCCCAAGGCCCUUCGUCCCAGCUGCACGACCUCUCCUCACAGUGUCAGGGCACAUCGGGGUCCUCUACCAGCACAGUGCAAUCCUCCAGCCAGUCCUCUCACUCCAGCUCGGGGACGCUGAGCUCUUUAGAGACAGUGUCCACUCAGGAACUCGGUUCUAUUCCCGAGGACCAGGAACUUGAAGAGCCUGGCCCUGUCCCUUGGGCUCGGCUGUGGGCUCUUCAGGAUGGAUUCCCCAAUCUGGACUGCGUUAACGACAGCUACUGGUUUGGGAGGGAUAAAAGCUGUGAGUAUUGCUUUGACGGGCCGCUCUUGAGGAGGACCGAGAAGUACCGCAGCUAUAGCAAGAAGCACUUCUGCAUUUUCAGGGAAAUGGGCCCUAAAAAUUCUCACAUUGUGUACAUCGAAGAUCACAGUGGGAACGGAACCUUUGUAAAUAGCGAGCUCAUAGGGAAAGGGAAACGCCGCCCUUUGAGUAACAACUCUGAAAUUGCGCUUUCACUGUGUAGAAAUAAAGUUUUUGUAUUUUUUGAUCUCACUGUAGAUGAUCAGUCAGUUUAUCCUAAGGAAUUAAGAGAUGAAUACAUCAUGUCAAAAACUCUUGGAAGUGGCGCUUGUGGGGAGGUAAAAAUGGCUUUUGAAAGGAAAACAUGUAAGAAAGUAGCCAUCAAGAUCAUCAGCAAGCGGAGGUUUGCUCUCAGCUCAUCGAGAGAACCAGACACAGCUCCCAGUGUUGAAACUGAAAUAGAAAUCUUGAAGAAACUCAGUCAUCCUUGCAUCAUCAAGAUUAAAGAGGUCUUUGAUGCAGAGGAUUAUUACAUUGUUCUGGAGUUGAUGGAAGGCGGAGAGCUGUUUGACCGGGUGGUGGGGAACCAGCGCCUGAAGGAAGCAACCUGCAAGCUCUAUUUCUACCAGAUGCUUUUAGCUGUACAUUACCUUCACGAAAAUGGGAUUAUACAUCGGGACUUAAAGCCGGAAAAUGUCCUUCUGUCAUCUCAGGAAGAGGACUGUCUCAUCAAGAUCACUGAUUUUGGGCAGUCCAAGAUUUUGGGGGAGACGUCCCUGAUGAGAACUCUGUGUGGUACGCCCACUUACCUGGCUCCUGAGGUCCUCCUCUCUAAUGGGACUGCUGGGUACAGCCGCGCUGUGGAUUGCUGGAGCCUGGGCGUCAUCCUCUUCAUCUGCCUUAGUGGGUACCCACCUUUCUCUGAGCAUAAGACUCAAGUGUCACUGAAGGAUCAGAUCACCAGUGGAAAAUACAACUUUAUCCCUGAAGUCUGGACAGAUGUCUCAGAGAAGGCUCUGGACCUUGUCAAGAAACUGUUGGUUGUGGAUCCAAAGGCUAGGUUUACCACAGAGGAAGCCUUGAGUCAUCCGUGGCUUCAGGAUGAGUGCAUGAAGAAAAAAUUUCAGGAUCUACUGGUGCAGGAAAAGAACUUGCCGACCCUCGCCCUGGCGCCCGCCGAGCCUUCUAGUCGAAAGCGGCCCCUGGAACUACAAGGGGAAGACGCUGUGAGCACCAAGCGCCUGGCCACGUGACGCUGCUGUGAGCAC